AUGCCAACCACCACAUCCGCCUCUGACAAAUCGAGACAAACAUCUGCUGGCAAAUCGUUUUUCGGGCGCAAGUUGCACAAGGAAAAGCCGGCGGAGGAUCGGUACGAUGCCCAUGGGAGUUGGGAAAGUCUAGCCCCUCCAGGAAGCGCUGCCGGUUCUCGUUCAUCGCGACACUCGAAGCGAUCGUCAGUCCAGUCCGUGGACUUUGGCAACGACAUAGAUCCCUCCUACCUCUCUUCGUCCGCCGGUGUGAUAACCUCUAUUCCUUUUGACAGCCUGUCAACCGAUAACAAGUCGCCUAUUCCCGUCGAUUACCUCUCCAAAGCCGAUACUUCUCCUCGAAAAGAGCCAUCCCCGGGGCAUUUGGCAAAGGGCGCAAGUGACUAUCAUCAGUACCCCGCGUGGAACCCAAACGCCAUGCGUGAUAAUCAACAAUAUUCGCACCCCACGGGGCCCCGUCCGCCUCCCCACGCUUCCGGUAUGGCGAUGAGCUCAAGCUCUUCAGGGGAUAAGGGCGCUAAAUACCAGCAAUGGGGACGGCCGGGGAGUUCUGCGGCUAAUACUGGCUUCAGCCAUCACUCGUCAUCUACGAUAGAUUCGUCUGCGAAUUCUCGCAUGUCUAUUGACCAAGCUAGCGUGCAUUCUUCACAUUCAUCAAAUACUAGAGGCUCAAGCUACUUUUCGACAGAAGGCUCUUCGCGCACAAUUACGCCCGCGCAUGCUGGUGACCGAAACACUUACUUUCCAACAAUCAACUCGGGCCGUGGAUCAGGUGCCCAGUCCUCACCGUGGCCAUCACCGCAACCCAGGCCGCAGAAUACCGAACAGUAUCUCACGAGGCCGAGGGACGAUCGUGUUGUGGACCAAUUGUUUCUCGAGCUGAUGCAGAAACGAGGCUGGCAGAAUCUUCCCGAGCAGGCCAGGCGGCAAAUGAUGGCGUAUCCGGCAUCGAAAAAAUGGACGCUGGUUCACCAAGAUCGACUAACAGAAUUACAAGGCGAGCAAAAGCGUAAGCAGAAUGCGCGUCAAACCCAUGGAUAUGAUGGCCCAGCUGGCAUCCUUGAACGAGCGGACGAGGAAGGGAGCCCGGAGUGGUAUGUUAAAAAAGUCAUGGAUGAUACAAUAACCUCAAAGCAACUGGCUAGUCUGAGUGUCAGCCUGCGAACACAACCAAUCAGCUGGGUCAAAGCCUUUGUUGAAGCACAAGGUCAAAUAGCUUUGACCAACGUUCUUGCAAAAAUCAACCGUAAAAAGGUUACUGGCCCGGUUCCUGCUCCGCCAUCUGGUGACAAGGAUUUAGACCGCGAAUAUGACAUAGUCAAGUGUCUCAAGGCAUUGAUGAACAACAAAUAUGGCGCGGAUGAUGCCCUCAACCACCAGCAAGUCAUUGUGGCGCUUAUCAGCUCUCUACUGUCUCCGCGCUUGAACACGAGGAAACUUGUCAGCGAGGUUCUCACAUUUCUGUGUCAUUGGGCCGAAGGGCAAGGCCAUGAGAGGGUCUUGCAGGCGAUGGAUCAUGUCAAGAACCAUCAAAGUGAGACUGGCCGGUUCGAUGCCUGGAUGCGCAUCGUGGAGGUCACUAUUGAUGGCCGUGGAAAAAUGGGCAGUCUGGUGGGUGCGAGCGAAGAGUACCGCAGUGGUGGAAUUGGAAUGGAGAAUCUACUGAUGGAAUAUGCCGUUUCGACCAUGAUCCUGAUCAACAUGCUGGUGGAUGCACCCGAGAACGACUUGCAGCUGCGAUGCCAUAUCCGAGCGCAGUUCAUAUCCUGCGGUAUCAAGCGCCUUCUCUCAAAGAUGGAGGGCUUCCAGUACGAGGUUAUCGACAAGCAGAUUGAGCAUUUCCGGGAGAACGAGGCUAUUGACUACGAAGACCUACUUCAGCGUGAGAGCAGUAGUACAAAGGACAGCAUCGAAGGUGAUGUCAAGGACAUGACCGAUCCUCUUCAAAUUACGGAUGCCAUUGCAACUCGUAUCAAUGGAACAAGGGCACACGACUACUUCCUCUCUGCUCUGCAGCAUCUGCUUCUCAUUCGCGAGAACUCUGGGGAAGACGGUCUCCGGAUGUAUCAACUUGUGGAUGCCAUGCUUAGCUAUGUGGCCAUGGACAGGAGGCUACCGGAUCUCGACUUGCGACAAGGACUGACAUUUACCGUGCAGAGCUUGUUAGAUCGGCUUCAUACUGAUGCAGAGGCUAGACAAGCGUACGAUGAAUCUUUGGAAGCUCGACAGAUUGCAGAAGCCGCGAUUGCUGAGCGGGAUGAAAUGAAGGCACAAGUCGAGCUUGGGGCGGACGGAUUGGUCAGAAAGUUGCAAAAGCAGAUUGAGGAGCAGACCGGGAUCAUCGAGCUUCAGAGCAGGCAGAAUGAAAUGGUCAAAGCUGAGCUCGCUGAUGUACAGAGGCUUCGCGCGCAGGAAUUGCAACGGAAUGAGCUAGAGACUCGAGAGCUCUACCUGAUGCUUCGGGAUGCCCAGGAUAUCGCCGCAUCGAAUGCCAAGAAGAGUAAUCUGCCAGAGGCGGAAGUUGACCCAUCCCAACUGCCCGGCAUCCUGGACCGGGAGAAACUGCUCGAACGACUCGAGAAGCAGCUUGAGAGAACCAAAACACAAUUCAAACUGGAGGGUAAGGUUUGGGGCCAGCACGGCCCGUCAGACCGAUUACGGGAACUGCGUGAGCAGAUGGACGGCGAUGCUGGGCCUAGUCACGACUUCGAGGAGAAAACACGACUACAUCUCAGCAUGAACCCCGUGGGAUCCGUUUACCGGAACAGGACCUACAUGGGAGACACUGACCAGCGCGGCCAAAAUGAUUCAGAGGAAAGCGGCGAUGUGCUCAUUGCAAAGGCACGUCUUGUUGACUACCACCGGCCGCGCAUGAAUCCAGCCCAAGCGACUGGCCUUCUCGGGGAGAUUGCCCGCAAGGUCCCGAGGAUUGAAGCAGACGAUGCCACCACCGAAACCAAGCCGUCCGAGGCUGAACAACUCGAGGGAGAGGCAGCUAUCAAAGUCGAAGAACCGCCCGCCGGGAAUACCAAGACAGAAGCAGGAGAUGAUGAUGCAAAAGCCGCCGUUCCUGCGCCUCCCCCGCCGCCUCCACCACCUCCUCCGCCACCACCGCCAGGCUUUGCUGCUGGAUCAGCUCCUCCGCCGCCGCCACCGCCACCGCCACCGCCAGGAUUUGCUGCUGGGGCAGCCCCUCCACCACCUCCUCCGCCUCCACCGCCUGGAGGUGCUGGAUUUCCGCCACCACCUCCGCCUCCGCCCCCGCCUGGUAACCUUGGCGCAAUGCCCCCGCCGCCUCCGCCCCCGCCUGGUGGCUUUGGCGGCCCUCCCCCUCCACCACCACCUGGUACAAUCAUUGGUGGGUGGAGAGCAAACUAUUUGGCUUCCCAAGAUGUUCCGUCUCACCUGCCUGUCAUGUCGUCCAUUAGACCAAAGAAGAAGCUCAAGGCUCUCCAUUGGGACAAGGUUGACACCCCACAAGUCACUGUUUGGGCGUCCCACGCACCUACUCCGCAAGAAAAGGAAGACAAGUACGUUGAGCUGGCCAAGAAGGGAGUACUGGACGAAGUUGAGAGGCUAUUCAUGGCCAAGGAAACCAAGAUCUUUGGAAACAGCGCUGCAGCCAAGCAGCGCAAAGACAAGAAACAACUCAUCUCCAACGACCUGUCCAAGAACUUUCAGAUUGCGCUAUCCAAGUUUUCUCAGUACCCUGCGGAGGAGGUUGUCCGGAGGAUCAUCCACUGCGAUCCAGAAAUCCUUGACAACCAGGUCGUCAUGGAGUUUCUGCAGCGAGACGAAAUGUGCACGAUACCUGAAAACGUGUCGAAGCUCAUGGCUCCGUAUAGCAAAGACUGGACUGGUCCUGACGCCGCAACCUCUGAGCGAGAGCAGGAUCCCAGUGAGCUUACCCGCGAAGAUCAGCUUUAUCUCUACACUGCCUUUGAGCUGAACCACUACUGGAGGGCAAGAAUGCGCGCGCUUGCUUUGACCCGUUCGUUCGAACCAGACUAUGAACACAUCUCCGCAAAACUCAAAGAGGUCGUGAGAGUGAGCGAAUCCCUGCGGGAUUCUGUCUCGUUGAUGAACGUUCUCGGCCUGAUCUUGGACAUUGGUAACUUCAUGAACGACGCCAACAAACAGGCCCAGGGAUUCAAGCUGAGCUCUCUUGCCCGCCUUGGUAUGGUCAAGGAUGACAAGAACGAGACCACGUUUGCCGAUCUUGUGGAGCGCAUUGUUCGAAACCAGUAUCCCGAAUGGGAAGAUUUUGUCGAUGAGAUUGGCGGUGUCAUUGGCCUCCAAAAGCUCAACGUUGACCAACUGCGGACGGAUGCGAAAAAGUACAUUGACAAUAUCAAAAAUGUGCAGGCAAGCUUGGAUGCUGGAAAUCUCAGCGACCCCAAAAAGUUCCACCCUCAAGAUCGUGUCAGCCAAAUCACCCAGCGCAGUAUGAAGGAUGCUAGACGGAAAGCCGAGCAGCUGCAGCUCUAUCUCGACGAAAUGGUAAAGUCGUAUGAUGAUAUUAUGGUAUUUUACGGUGAAGAUAACACCGAUGAUGGGGCGCGGCGUGACUUUUUCGCAAAGCUCGCAGCUUUCUUGCAGGAGUGGAAGAAAUCCAAAGAGAAGAACCAGGCUCUGGAGGAAACGAGACGACGCACAGAGGCGUCUCUGGCUCGCAAGCGGAUCAACGCAGGCCUUGCAAACGGCGGGGGUGCGAGCGACUCUCCUGCAUCGCCGGCCACAAGCGGAGCCAUGGAUUCACUAUUGGAGAAGUUACGUGCUGCUGCUCCUCAGGCCAAGGAUCAGCGCGACCGUCGGCGCCGCGCACGAUUAAAGGAACGCCACCAAGUCCGUAUUGCAUCAGGGCAAAAGGUGCCAGAUUUUGCAUCAGAGGGCGCAGACAACAAUACAGACGGAGAUAACCAUGGCGUCGGCGACGCAAAUGCCACCGAGUCUUCUGAUCUCCUCUUGAGCCCUCCCCAUCCGGAAUCUGAAGCCGGAGGCUCGCCAAACGUGUCCGAAAGUGAAGACGUGGCAGACCGCGCGGCGAGCAUGCUCCAGGGGCUGAGAGAUAAUUCUGACCCAGAACGUACGCGGAGACGGCGAGAAAGUGCCGAAGAAGAACGAAGAAAGCGUCGGUUGAGAAGACGCAAUGGAGCAACUAGUGGAAGCAAAGACAGUACCGAUACGACUCCUUUAUCGCCGGUACAAGAGCCAGCUUUGACCCCUCAAGAUGAGUUUGCGGAAUCAGAUAAUAUGACUCUUCCCAGUUCUCCAACUGGACAAGACCCGACAUCGAAUCCUCCGACCAUCGUGCUAUCCUCUAAUGAGAUGCCCGACGACGAUGAUAAACGGCCUUCAUCAAGCUAG